CCUAUCUUUAAUAUGUUCUGCAUCCUUCUAUAUAAAAGCCUAAUAUUUCCUCAAUAGCCAUUGGCGAUUUCUCCCAACACAUCUUUCUUAGCAAGAAAGGAAAAGUUAAGAAGAUAUUAUUUUGUUUUAUUUUAUCAAUGGCUCUUUUGUGUGUUAGCAAGAAGAAAAUUGUGGUGAAGCGGGCAUGGAAGAGGUUCACACACAAGCUCAGAUCCAAAUUUAGAGACAUCAAGAUUGCUGCAUCGGUCAGAGAUUCGACUUCUCGUCUCCUCCGUGUCAUCAGUCACCAUCUCAUCGUUCCUUUCAGGACAAGAAAGUGUUGUAGAAGGCAUAGUGAGAGCAUUUACCAACAAAUCUACCAAUACGAAGGCCAACGAUGGAGGCAGGGGGAGACCAAGAGUGAUGAGAAAGUUGUGGGGCGAAAAAAGGAAAGAGAAGAAGAGGAGGGGCCGCAGGAGAUUGUUGAUUCGAUGGAAGAUGCUUGGAUGAGAGUGGUGGCUGCAUCGCCGCACCUUAGGGUGGAUGAAAAAGCCGACCAAUUCAUCAAUAAGUUUAGAGAGGCGAUGAGACUGGAUAAGGAGAGAUCUUUACUUGAAUUCCAAGAAAGGUUAAUUCGAAGUGCUUGAUUUUAUUGAUUCUUUAUUCUUCUUCUUUUUUUUUUUCCUUACUUGUGCUUUUUAAAGAUUGCUUCACGGAUGGAUUUACAUAAAUUUUACGCUUUAGGAUUGAAAAAUAUAUUUGGAAAAAAAAUCCUAUUAGAGUACAAAACAGAUUAUGUGGUUUAGUAUUAAA